AUGAGCGCGUCAAGUGAUCAUGUUGCCCAAAGGAAUGGCCGAACCAGACUGAAACGCGCCCCCGCCGGGAAACCCACGCAUCCGAACGAUCCUGUGCACUACCCCCUCUACUACGAGACAACAGAAAGGUCAUACAAAAGCAGCGUUAGAAAUGUGAGCCAUCGAAAUAAGACGUCCAUGUUUGAUGCGGUUGGAGAUGAAAGGAAAGACUCGAGCAGUGGCUCCACCGAUAAAUGGACAAAUAAAAAAAUAAUUGCACCUCCCCCUGGAGAGAUCAAAAAGAUAUUGCAACAGGAACCAUUUCAUGUAAUGAACAAAAGGAGUGGAAGGAGGUUUCACCCGGAGGUUGCAAGUGGAAACAUAUUCUCCAAACCGAGUGGCGAUGUGGACCAAAGAAAAAGUUCGAAGAAGACGAGCAACUAUAGCCUGAACAACAACCCCUACAGGUGGGGAGUCGACGUCCUUAGAUACCCUCUACCAACACCGAAGAGAAACUACAGACACGUAGGAAAUUUAUCGACUUGUCUUGUGCCUAAUAAAAGCGCUGACACCUUCGUCCAUAAGAAGAGCCCGACUCAUUACAUCACCCACUUGGAGAAAUCUCUGUGCCCCAAGGAAAGUACCUCCAUCCAGGGAUCCAGCCGAAAGAUGAUUCGUUCGCACGAGUCCAAGUUGGAGAUAAACUGUAUCCCAAAGGAUCUCCAACGGAGCGAGAGGAAACCCACUUGCACUCUUCGCCGGGAUAACUUAAACGCUGACCUCACCCCCAUUGAGCACGUGGCAAGGAGGCCCUUCCACAUAAACACCACCUGUAGAAACAAGCAGUCCUCUGUUGCAUUCAACAGCGCCAGAGAACCGUCUCCUUUUAGAUCCGGAAAACGAAUCGGGUACAUCUCCACGAAGAGGGAGCAUUCAGUAUUCCUUUGUUGA